AUACACAACUUCACAGAGACAAAUUCUGCUGCUCAAACUGACCUCUGGGUUAGAAUUCUGUGUGAAAACCACCCACAGAUACCUGCUGUUGUUUCAAACAUUUUCUAAAAUCGGUGAUUUGUUCUGCCACUGGCCUGGUUCUGGACUGGGAGGAGCCCUCCAUGAAUGUCCUUGUUCUCAAAAUGAGCUGAAAAACUCCUUUUUUACAUAGCAAAGCUUUAGGGAGUGAUGAAAGUGUUUUGGUUCUGGGAAAAGAGUGACGUGGCAGGAAAUAUGUCAAAAGCUACCGGAAAACAUGACUUCAGUAUUCAGUUUAAAACAGGGAAAUGAGUGAGUUUAGAGGGUGGGAUUCAUAGGAAAAAAAAAACCCAAAGCUGUUGGUUUGGUUUUUUUUCCUUGUGCAUCAAGAUAAAUAAUUCCACGUCUGUUAUAAUACACAGAAUAAAUCUCUUCCAUUUUCCUUCCAUAGGAAGUUUCCCCUGCAGAGUUUUGUUACAACUCAAGUAUCCCAGCUGAGCAAAGCACUGACCUGUAUAAAUUCAUCCUGUGUGUGCUGGGCAGUGAUUUAUUUAGUACAUGAACUGCAGUGAGCAGAGUGGGGUGUGCCCAGUACCCGCUUCUUUAUGAAUUGCUGCAAUUCUCAGUGGGGUAAAAGUGAGUUUUCUCCACUUUACAAUCCAACAGCACAAAAAAGUUGCUCUUUGGGGGUAAGAACCUAAGCUUAAUCUGCCUUACUUUUUUUAGCUCAACAGUUCCAGAGAAUGCAGGUGCAUGGUUUCCUGUUCUGUGAUAAUUUAAAUAAGAAAAGUGAAGUUGCUCAACUUCCACAUUUUUGUAACCCCACAAUCUCAAUGACACUGGAGCUUUUAACUGUUUCUUUGCACAAAGCCAAGUGGUUAAACUGGUGUACUGACCCCUCCGGGAGUUUUCCACCACCACUUCCAUGGUGGGAGGUAAGAUGGAACUGGGUCAUUUCUUGUUCCUUUAAGGUUCUUGCAAACACAAACCGUGAGUUUUGGGGUUGGAAGCAGGGAGCUCUUUGUGGUCUGACUGCUCUGCAAUGUGGGCAACAACGGGGUGCAGUAGGGAAAGUGGCAGCAGCAGAGAACAGGGUGUUUAUUUUCAUGUUGUGGUAUUUUCAUGUUGUGGUAUUUUCACAUUAUUCACAAUAUGCAUAUUGCAAACCAUGUGGUGAGAAAUACCAGGGUAGGGAUUUUACAAUAGACUGUCUUUAAGAAUCCCUAUCUUGUAGCCCUAUUUUCAAGAUUCCACCCCCAAAUUUGAGGAGAAAGUUACUGUUCCUGCCUUGGUGGGAAAAGUCAAUUUAAGUUGAGAAAGGAAAACAUCAAGGGGGGAACUUUUCGAAGCUACUGAUUAUGAAAGUGUUCAUAAAGUGGACUGGGAUUUAGCUCUUGCAAAAAUAAUCCUGUGGAUGCUUUUUAGUUGUUAAAUAUCUUCCAUUUUUUGGGGAAGAAGGCGACGUGCCCAUCAGGGCGUAGUGACCACGUGUGCCAUGAGCAAGACACUGGGAAGCAGGAUUGGUGCUGAGGAACUGCUGGGUUGGUGUGGCUUUGUGCCAGUUUUAUAAGAUUCCUCAAAACUGGAUUAAAACUAGUCUUUUGAGUUAAAAGAGGGUGACAGGUUUGUUUUGCUUACAUAGAUAUGUACAUAAAUACAACUUUUUUUUUUCCCUCCCCUCCUUUCAGCUUCUCUUCCUGUCCGUUAGUGCUUGGAGAGAAUGGGAGGCCGUUCCUCAAAACUAGCAGUUCCAGUUACACCCCCUUCUACUACUCCCACCACUACUACCCACUUCUACGUCCCCACCACUGUCCCGACCACCAUCCACACCACUGUCCACACUGAAUUAGAAGCUUCACAAGUUAAAUGCUUGUUUGAGAGCCAUGAAAUACUGUACAUGUCACUGGCCUUCAUCUCUGGCAUCCUCCUGACUCUCCUGGUUUAUGCCAUCAUCUGCCUCUUCAGGAAAAAUUACAAGAAAUCCCACCAACAUUUACAGGAGCAAGUUUCCUUCCAGGCAGCACCCGAGGAAUAUGCCAGGAACACCCAGAAUGAGGUUACCUACAGCACUCUGGUCUUCCAGCGGAGUCAGACACCACUGGCUGUGUGAUGAUGAAGUUCCAAGAGAAAUAAAAAUGUUUUUCCACUCUCUGAACAUCAAAAGCCACCAGAACGUUGCACCAAGGCCUGCAGCACCCUGAGGGGGCCAGCGCUGCCAUCUGUAACAUCAGCUCUUUUUAUAGUUACAAGGGGAAAUUCAAGUCUCCUGUUCCAAACAGAUUGCCAAAGGUUGUGGGCAAUUUGAAGGUUUGGGUUUUUUUUUUUUUAAUACAAUAUUUCCUCAUCUGUAGAAAUCUCCCUGUGCUUGUUUCCGUUUCUGAGCUACCAGAGAGAACUGAGAAAUGAAAAUGUUUCUCUGCAUCUAUCCAUGUCUGGGCUCUUGUGUUUCUCUUUUCAGUCACCAGCCAUGGCACUUUGCAUAUUUUUUUUUCAUUGCCAAGUGCUCUGAUUAGUUAUUUUCUCUUAUUGAAGUGACCAUAGCGAAAUGUUUGUGUGCAAAUGCUGCUUCCUGAUGGGGUCCCCCUAAAACAAAAUCCACGAUCCCAGCGUGACAGCCAAAAUCUCUCAUUCAUGUGUUAUUACCCACAAUGUUCUAAACACAUUGUAAAAAGUGAAGAAUCAUCCCUUUGUCGUCAGCUGGGGGAUAAGGUGCCACGAGUGACUCUGUCUGAGCAGCCACAGGAUGUUCCCACGGAUGGGAGGUUUGCUGUCCCAGGGAGUACAGGGAUCUCCAACUGCUCAAGGCUGAACGGGAGCGAAGUUUCCUGCUGGCUCAGCCCUCGGGGCCUCAGAAACCUCCCUGUUUGCGGUCACCAGAGAGUGCCAGACUCCUGCAGGUAUUUCUGUUUCCUGAAAACGGUGAUAUUUGCAUGCGUGCUGUUCAAACACCCCUCUAGAGGGAUCUCAGGGGCAGAACAAGUGUCCUACAAACUCCGGUGCGCCGAGGCUGAAACAUCGGAGAGGCUUCAGAGGAGCGAUGCUGGAUGUGCCACCUGAUGGCAGCACCAAGCCGUGCCUGGGCUGGUUUAAUUCUCCUUAAAAGCGGGACUUUGGUGCUUUUCCAGCCCUGGUCAGCAGAGCAGGGGCUCCACCUCUCCCACCCCCGGUGGGUUGUCCUGUCUCCUCCUCCCAGCAGCUGCUGGAGGUCCGGGGGAACCACGUGAAAAAGUGUGUCUAAACCCUUUUAUGUUCUGAAAUUCGGUGUGUGGUGGUGUGGGUCAGGCCACAGACUGUUCCCUGGUACAACCUGUGGUCUUUGCUGCUCUCUGCUCUCAUCUCAGUCAUGGCAGUUUCUUCAAGUUCUAUUUAACAGAGAAAAAUACCAUAUUACUCCUUAGUAUUUUUAGCUGUGAAGAGCUUCACAAGGGAUGAGUGUGGUUUGUGCACAGUGGUUUUUUCAGUUUUUUAAUGGCAGCCAGCAGCCAACUCUUAAAAAUUCCUGUAGCUACAGGAAUCUGUGACAAGUGCACCUGCUAAUCAGAACAGAGGAUUCUGUGUCCUCUGUUUCUGGCUCUCCCAUCUUCACUAUCUCCAGGAGGUUUCUGCUCAAGGUGUUUGCACUUUUCUCUCCCUAAGGACAAGCUUUCCCAGCAGGAAUGUGCCUGAGUGUGUCUGUGUCUGAUAUAAAUUGUCCAGCCCUGGGAAGGUGAGUGGAAACAGCUCAUGGGUUAAAUGGUGCUGUGAAGGAUGCAUGGACAGCAGUGCCUGUGAUAUUCCCUGGCAUUUUGGAGUUGACAUCUGGUUGCAAAUGUUAGAAGGGAGAGCAGGGCCACGCAGCUUGUUCUCAGAAGGCAGAAUGACUCCCCCUGCUCUCAGUCCCCUCUCUGUUCUUCCUCCAGAUCCCUGUGCCUUGUUCCCUUGGAGUUUGUCAGGCAGCCUGCCAGGAAUUUGGUGCACUGUUGCUCCCUCUGUCCUCAGUUCACCAGAAGCACAUCAGCAAAGCCCCCCGUGCGUCGUUCUAACAGAUAAUUUCCUGCUCGUGAGGUGGGACCUGUUUUUCUGCUGAAAGCAAUCGUUUCCAUCACUGAUCAUGAGAGAUCCUGUACCAACUUCUGCUGUACUUGUGCAAUGUCUUCCUUUGGCUUGUUUAUCUAUCAAGUUGAAUUGUGUAACGAGGCAGAGCUUUGGCCUGGGACAAGGUUUCACAUCAGAUAAGAAAUGAGAUGUCUGCUCUCAGCUAGAGGAGCAGAUGCCAACGCUCUCUAAGAUAAGUAACACGAUGAUGCACUCCCUUUUCUGCUUUAUCUGGGCAACUUCAAUUAUUUAAAGAUGGAGGAAAAAGUAGCCUGGCCUUUAAUGACUUAUUUUCAGUUUGACCCAUGUUCAUUAAAACGAGGCUGUGUCAGCUGAGGUGUAAUAAUUAGUGCAAUUUUUGUGCCAUCCUAGGCAACUAAAACUGCAGGCUAGGAUUUUUUUGAUUGUCACAGGAGGAUUCAGCAGGCUGAAACAAUGUAAAAUCCAUCUAAUAGUUAUUAUUGUUCAUGACAAUGUGACAACCCUGGCUGCAGCACAAGUUGACCAGACUCAAGUUUAGUCUAAACAGACAGAGAAGACAAAGGGUGUAAGAGCAGUCGGUGAGGUGGUGAGCUUACAAACAGCAAGGAACAUAUUUAUCCUGGUUUUCAGUCAACUCAUCUAACCCUUAUGUUAAAAAACCCCAAAAAACCUCAACACUAGACAGUAUUUCCUUCUGUAUUUUGAACUG